ACCUGCGAGAACCAGGAAAUCACGAUCAGGUCCCGACGAAAGCAAAAAUACUCGACACAGCCCGGUGCCGUUUAAAAGUGUCGUCGUCCUCCGCAGCCGUCGCGUCCGCUCCCGCCUCGGAUUCACCUGCUGCGGCCGCACAAAGGCAGCCAACAGACGGAGGCUCACCUGGGACCAGCCUGGCUCUGACCAGACCAGCACUGACCUGCUCAAGUCCAGCCGCAAGUUCCGCUGGUCCAGAGAAGCCCAGUACUUGUAUCUUCGCCGCCUCUCUUCACGCAGCUACUCGGCUAUUAUGAUGAACCCGGUCAUGGAGGAGACCGUGUGGGAGCAGUACACCGUGACCCUGCAGAGGGAUCCGAAAAUGGGCUUUGGCAUCGCAGUGUCAGGGGGACGGGACAACCCGAACGAGGAAAGUGGCGAGACGUCCAUUGUGGUGUCAGAUGUCCUGCAGGGGGGACCUGCUGAUGGCUUGUUGUUCGAGAAUGACCGAGUGGUGCAGGUGAACGCCAUCCCCAUGGAGGGGGCCAUCCACUCCUUCGCUGUCCAGACCCUCAGGAAGUGUGGCAAAGUAGCAAAAAUUACAGUGAAGAGGCCCCGGAAAGUCCCAGUCAAUCUGCUGAACCGCCCCCCGUCACCUGAUGACAGAGUCUUCAACAAUGACUACAAUGAUGAUUACAACUAUGACCAGGACCGCCGCAGUGUGUACAGCGGCCGAAGUGGUGGCGGAAGGGAUCACAGCCUGGAGAGGGAGCGAGGUGGUGGAGGCUACAUGGAUUCUGGCUACCAAACCCGUGAGCGUGACUAUGACAGGGACUAUGACCGUCGGGAACGUGGCAGGAGCAUGGAGAGGGACCUGAGCCCAGACCGGCAGUACAGGAGAGAUGGCAGCAGAGGUCGUACUUUGGACAGAGAGCGCAGCCCGGAUCGCCCCUACAGGAGCGACCACAUGCUCGCCCGCGACUACAGCCCGGACAGAAGGUACCGCAGCGAGCGUGCAUUAGACCGAGACCACAGUCCCGAUCGGCGUUACCGCAGCGAGCGAGCCCUCGACCGGGAGUACAGCCCAGACAGACGCUACCGCAGCGAGCGAAUGCUGGACCGCACCAACAGCCCAGACCUGCGCCACAGACAUGACAGCCGCAGCCCGGCUAGAGGCCGCGGACGCGACCACAGUUUCGAACGAGGACGCGACCGCAUCCCCAGUGACCCGAGGAAGUACGACGAGCCACUGAAGCGAAGUGGAAGCAGAGACCGUCUGGACCGCUCGCCAUCACCCACCACCAUGCCCAUCCCUCUGCCCCGCCCUGUCCGGGACCUGGAGCCACUGGAGAAACCCCUGAAUGUGCUGCUGCUGAAGAACCGUCCCAACGAGGAGUAUGGUCUUCGUCUGGGCAGUCAGCUCUUCAUCAAAGAGAUGACCAACACUGGACUUGCCAGCAAAGAUGGGAACCUGCAGGAAGGAGACAUUAUACUAAAGAUUAACGGCACGGUGACAGAAAACCUGUCUCUCAGCGACGCGGGGAAGCUGAUCGAGAAGUCUCGCGGGAAGCUGCAGCUGGUGGUGCAGAGAGACAGACGGCAGGUGCUGAUCCGCGUCCCUCCAAUGGUGGACAGCGACUCGGAGCUCGAUGAUAUUUCCGAGAUUGAGUCGUACCGCUCCUACUCUCCACAGGAUGACAGGCGGGGCCACCACUCCGACCUCUCCUCCCACUCCUCCAAUGAAAGACUUCGAGAUAAGCCCAGAGAGGACCCACCCAACAGGCUGGCAAAAAUGGGCGCCAUGCCAACACCAUUCAGAGGUUCUGACAGAGCUGUAGAAGACACGCCCCCUUUGCAGGCAGAGAGGGAGGAGCCACGAUCAGAAACGCCGCCAGUACCAGCAGUCACUGUAGCCCCAAAGGUUCAUGCUCCUCCUAAGGUGCCACUGAAACCCAGCAUAGAGGACCAGGAAGUAUAUGGGCCAAACACAGUGAUGGUGCGUUUCCAGAAAGGCGACAGCGUGGGUCUGAGGCUGGCCGGAGGGAAUGAUGUCGGGAUCUUCAUCGCUGGCGUUCAAGAGGACAGUGCAGCUGAGCAGGAGGGGCUCCGCACAGGAGAUCAGAUCAUGAAGGUGAACAACACAGACUUCAGAGGUAUGGUGCGUGAGGAUGCUGUCCUCUACCUCCUGGAGAUUCCCAAAGGAGAAGAUGUUACCAUUCUUGCUCAAAGCAAACCUGAAGUGUACAAGGACAUUUUAGCAUCUGGCAGAGGCGACUCUUUCUUCAUCAGGACCCACUUCGAGUAUGAGAAGGAGGCUCCACAGAGCCUUCCUUUCUCCAGAGGAGAGAUCUUCAAAGUGACGGACACACUUUAUGAUGGCAAACUGGGCAACUGGCUGGCAAUCCGCUCUGACAAAGACAACCAGCUGCUGGAGAAAGGCAUCAUCCCAAACAAGAGCAGAGCAGAGCAAAUGGCUAACGUCCAGAAUGCUGCUCGGGCGGCAUCAGGCAACGACAGGGGAGACUUCUGGAGGCUGAGAGGUCAAAGGGCGGCAAAGAAGAAAGACUUGCGCAAGAGCAGAGAGGACCUGAGCGCCGCUCCAGUCACCACACGAUUCCCUGCCUACGAGAGAGUGGUCUUACGUGAAGCUGGUUUCAAGAGACCCGUGGUGAUAUUUGGGCCCAUUUCCGAUGCAGUGAAUGAAAAACUGGCCAACGACAUGCCGAAUGAGUUUGUCAUCGCCAAAACUGAGCCCAAGGAUGCAGGAAGUGAGAAAUCCUCGGGAGUGGUGAGACUAAACACCAUCAGACAAAUCAUUGAACAGGACCGUCACGCUCUGCUGGACGUGACUCCCAAAGCCGUGGACACUCUGAACUACACCCAGUGGUAUCCCAUCGUCAUCUUCCUGAACCCAGACAGCAAGCAGGGCGUCAAGACCAUGAGGAACCGCCUUGUACCCGGAUCCACCCGCAGCGCACGCAAACUGUAUGAGCAGUCCGUCAAGCUGAGGAAGGCCUGCUCACACCUUUUCACUGCAUCUAUUGACCUGAACUCGGCCAAUGAUGCUUGGUACGGCAGCAUCAAAGAUUCCAUCUGGGAGCAGCAGGAAAGAGCUGUGUGGGUGUGUGAGGGCAAGUUGGACGGUUCAGAGGAGGACCUGGAUCUCCACGACGACCGCAUGUCCUACCUAUCGGCGAUGAGCGCAGACUACCUGAGCAUGGACAGCCGCCUGACCAGCGACUACGAAGACACGGCGGAUGAGGGCGGGGCUUACACUGACAACGAGCUGGACGAGCCGUUGGACGAGCCGCAGCCAGUGUCGGCCAUCAGUCGAUCAUCAGAGCCUGUGCUGCCAGACGAGAGGCCUCACCCUGAACCCCGGGCUCGAAUGAGGAGGUCAGGGAGCAGAGAGAUGCUGAACAGAGAGCCCAGCCCUCCCCCUUCUUUUGUCCCCGAACCCCCGAAGGUGCGGGCCCAGACUCGGACUGACUCAUCACGCAGCUAUGACUCACACUCCAGCAGCACCAUCAGCAGCGACGCAGUGGGCGGAAACAAGCCGCCUCCCCCUCCAGUGGCCCUGAAGCCCAGCAUCACCCGUCUGAACCAGCCAUCAGAGGAGCAGAGCCCGGAGAGGGGGGAGGAGGAGGACCCUGCCAACAAAUCCUUCCUGGGCAAGAUAAAAGCUUUUGAGAAGAUGGACCACCUGGCACGAGCUCAGAGGAUGCUGGAGCUGCAAGAGGCAGAAAGUGCUCGACUUGAAAUCGCCCAGAAGCAUCCAGACAUCUAUGCCAUCCCAAUUAAACUGCCAAAACCCAAUCUGAACCGUCCUCAGCCAAUAGGAUCCAGCUCCAACCCCGAGCAGCAGACUCCCUUCAGGCCACCGUACUCCGAGACCAGAGGACAUGAGGACGACGAAGAAGAGUACCGCAGACAGCUGGCUGACCAGACCAAGAGAGGGUACUACAAUCCUCAGAAAUACAAAGACACUGAGCUGUAGGCUGGGUAAAGAGGAAGUGACAUCAUCACUGCACACGGCUGGAUUCCUCCCACAUCACAGCUUUAGUUGCCUUGGUAACAGCUGAUGUAAACUCUCAGAACUGCGUAGUCCUGGAAAGAUGUCAGUUUUAACACUAAUGUCAGACACUUUUCACUGUCUCACUACUGUACCUGUGUCACUUCACACAGGUUUGUACAGAAAUCAUACGCUGAUCCAGGCGAUGCACAAUAUCCCUCUGAAGAGUAAAUUUUGGCAAGUUUACCAAUCACACGUCCUAAACAAGAAAAAAAAGGCAGAUUUUUCUGACGUACUGUACGUACCUUUUCACAGACCUGAUAUUUCAGUGUAUAUAUUCUUUUUAUGUGUCUGAAGAGGUUUUUUGUUACAAGUUAGCUUUUAAUUUCCCCUAUUCCACAAACACCUAGCCCCAGUUCUGGUCUCUCAUGUACUACCAUUGCAGUUUAGUCACUCAGCUGUUUUUUCUGACAGAUGAAUACCCUGCACAAAGACUUUUCUAACCAUCUGGAAGAAUGAUAAAAAUGAUUUCUCUCUAUUUUGACCCUGUGUGACAAUUAGGGAACAGUCACAACUUGGGAAAUGGGUUAAAAAUCUUAAUCUUCUUCAUACAGCAGAUUAAAUAAUUGUUCAUCCAGGGGGUUCAGAGAGUCUUUGAGGAUGCUAGAAAUACCUUCAACCCGAAAGUGUUGUUAGAUGAGCUUUUGGAGUUUAAGUUAAGUUAAGGUAGAAGGCAAAAUCUGCAGCUUACUAACACCAUGCUGCAACCAUAGACAUGGUGCUGUAGCCUGUGAACAGUAUCUAGACUGUUAAGUUUCACGUCCGACUAGUGAGCAGUUUUGUGUUUUAACUCUGCACCAUUAACUGGCUUGUUUCAGAUCAGUGUCAGUAUGAGUUAUACACUCUGUGGGCAGCUGCUCUCAUGUCAAAUAGUUGUUAGUCUUCCUUUUCGCAUCACUCUCCUGCCAAGUCUUCUAAUUUAUUGUACGACUCUACAUUCCUGAUUUGUAUUUACACCACACUGUAAUAUGUGUGCAUUCUGGGAAGCAUAUUUUCAAGUGCCUUGUAGCUCUGAUGUUUGCUCAGAAAAAGAAAAGUAUCCAGAGACAGCAUGAGGUUCUGAAACUGACAACACAUUCCAACAGAGUGCAAAAACAGUCACCACCUGCUGUUUUACUGAAACGGACCAAACAGAGUUAAGAAUUGGAUCUUUUCACUAUGUUUUUCUGUACUGUCAACAUUUUGCUCAAUACACUUUUAUCAACACUGACAACAUACAAGCUGUAGAUUUAAGCAACAGGACAGAAACACAUUGCCUUCAUCAAAGAAAUAAUAGAAUUUCACUCGUAUAAUUAUGAGACAGAAAGAUCUCAUGGAUGCAACAACAUCUGUAUCAUGAUUAAAAUAUCUGCACCUCAUGCAAAUUACAACAAAGGGAAGUCAUAAUUACAAGAUAACGUGUCCUUGGGAAAUGCAACGCACUUCCAUAAAUUAAGGAGGUUUUGCAGGUGCCUGUGAAGCAUUUCUGUUUUCAAGUCAGCUGGAACAGGCGGAGCAGAUAAAUCUUAUCACAGAUUUCACGUCACGAAUGCUCAGAUGACGGUGUGAAGAAUUAAUAAAGCUCCAGUUAGAUUUAAUGGGUGCAGCAGAGCAUAAACCUGAUUUUGCUGACUGUUUGUUUGGCUUUACUCCCUGCUUGCAACCAGAGACAAUCACAUUGUUGUUGCAUAUAUGUUUUAUAUUGAAUAUACACUGAACUCAGUCAAGUCUUUGUACAUGGGAGCAUCUAAAAUGUGGUGAUGACAAUCAUUUUGGUUGAUCAGUUUCUUUUAAAUGUCUUAGUUUGUGAUUUCUUUUUUUUAGUUUGUGAUCUCCUUGGUGUCACAGAAAAAAGACUCAAAUUCAAUAAAUAAAUCUCUUUUUUACAUUGUU